UGUUAAUAAGAUUAUUUAGGAACAAUUCAUACUAAAAUGAGUCCUUCUAGAAUUAAAUUAUCGAUGCUACUAUGAAUGCUUACAUUUAUUGCGCUUUCGUACGCAGAGGAUAGCCAAGUUGCUCCUAUCCUUGUCAUACAUGGUGUAACUGCAACCUGUAAUGAAGGUAGAGUCAAAAGUAUUGGAGAGCAUUACAACACAUACAGCCAUUGAUAUCCUAUUGGAGGAGAUGAUGCCAAGACCUUGUCAGUGUUGUAUAACAUUAGAGUUCAAGGCAAAAUCCUCUGUCAUAAAAUCCACAGCAAUGAGAACUUCAAGGAUGGUAAUUUUAGUAUCCUAGCUUUUUCGCAAGGUGCAAUCAUUGCUAAAUAUAUUAUUGGCUACUGCCCUCUGAAACAUCCCGUUAGAUCCUUUGUGGCAUUUGGAGGUCCUAACAUGGGAGUAUCCUACUUCCCACAUUAUCCUGCAGACACAUGGAUUGGGGCUAUCUCGCACAUCAUUAUAAACAGACUUGCCUAUUGGUGGGUUGCCCAAUGGUUUAUAGCCCCUGCAGAUUAUUGGAGAGUGCCUAAUAACCCCCAGGCCUUCCUUGAAGGAUCUAGGUUCCUUGCUGAUGCUACAAACGAGAUAAACUUCAAUCAGACUAUGAAAGAUCUCUGGUUAAGCCUCAAAUUUGCAAGAUUUGUAAAAUGGGAUGAUGACUCAGUUAUUAUUCCAAGAGAGUCAUCAUGGUGGGGUCAGUACACAACAGAUUACAAAAUUAUCUCAAGAUUUGACACAGAAGUCUACCAAAAAGACCUCGUUGGUAUCAGAACUCUAGAGGAAGAAGGCAGAGCUGACUUCAUUAACAUCCCUGGCGACCAUAUGCAGGUUAGUCAUGAACAGGUUAAUCAACUCACUGAGGUGGCAUUUUUGAAAUAA